GGUAUUUAAAUUAUUGAAGGGGAUAUUUUAAGAGAUAUUAGUGAAACCUUAAGGGCAUUUAUAAAAAAUAAAUUUAAGGGCAUUCUAAUAAUUAUGCGGAAACAUAUAAUGCGGAAAGGAGUGAAGCGAACCAAAUUUAUGCGUCUUCCAUGGCUUCUCCCUCCUCGCUGCCACGGCCGCCGCCGUCCGCUCCGCUUUUGCAGCGGCCACCCAAGCUCCAACCUCCGGCGGAAGAGAUCUAUCCUGAAGGAACCAGCAGCUCCGCCUCUUUAUCCCUCAACCCCAGCCUCUUGAUCGUCUCCGCCAUCGUGGCCUUCGUGUUCGUCGCCUCCGCCUCCAUCCACCUCCUCCUCCGCUUCCUUUCCUCCCGUAUCCGCAGUUCUUCUGUCGCCGCAACACCCCCUCCGCUACCUCCGCCACCUCCAACACUCCCACCGCGACCUGACUCCCCUGACUCCAACUCCGGUUUCUCUGACAAAGACAAGGCAGCACUGGUGGAUUCGCUUCCUCUGUUUUCCCUCGCAUCCUCCCUGGCCGUCCUCCCCAAAUCCUCCCCAGACUGCGCCGUCUGUCUCAGCCCCUUCCGCCCGCACGACGAGCUCCGCCUCCUCCCGGCCUGCCGUCACGCCUUCCAUUCACAAUGCGUCGAUCCAUGGCUCCGAUCCGCCCCCUCGUGCCCUCUCUGCCGCACUUCCAUCACUCUCCCGGCCACACCCCUGCCGCCGCCUCGCCAAGAAACCUCCACUCCAGGAAGCUUCCAGGUCGAGAUCGGAAGCGUCAGCCGGCGAGAAACAACAUCGGAGUCGGAUCCAGCUGCCGGGAACCUUCCGCCGCAUCUGCGGGCGUUCUCGCUAGGGUCGUCGUUCGAGUACAUUGUGGACCAGGAAGUGGAGGCGGUGGUGUCGUGGAUCCCAAGGAGGAUCGUAAAGGAAGAAAAGAGCGAAGCGUCAGCGCCGCCGGAGCCCUCGCAGCCGGGCGCGGAGGUGGCAGAAGCGGCAGGGGGAGGAGGAAGGGGGUGGCUAUCUUCCGCUUCCUCCGCUAUAUCUUCCUUACAGUUGUCUGGGAGGUGGAGCCACCGCUACGACGGCGGCGAGGGAGCGCGGUGGUCGCGGGAUUUGGAGGGCAGCGCGCGGCGGGAGGCAGAGGAGGGCGGCUACUACGAUUUCUACAGGUGGUUGAUAGGGGCAUAACCGUCAUCUCCCCUCUUCCCCAUGGAAGCUUCUUUCGCAUCAGCCAAAUGACGAAAAUGCCCACUCUAUUUCACAUUUAUUAUUUUUGACCGUUUUGCCAUUGAAAUUCUUGCUGAGGUCUUGAUUUAAUAUGGCUAAUAGUUUAAUGCAGUCAUUAGCCCCACUUAAUCCAAAUUAUUUGAGUAGGGAUACCGCAAAUUUACGGAUAAGAUGGUUCACUUUUUUAGAUAUUUGAUUUGGAUGGAUAAGGUCAGACCUCUGGUUCAAAAAAUUUUGGAUAAGAAAAGGCCCUAUUCAUUCAUUGGAUGGAUAGACUGGACCUCACUUAUUAAACAGGUGAAAUCCAACUCAUCCAACCAAUGAAUGAACAAAAGAUCAGGACUGAUUCAAGGAUCCGGGACUAGAGGAUCCCUGCCCUUGGAUGGACCUCACCAUUUAAAAAUGGAGUCCAUCCAAAUUAAAAGUCUUCAUGUCAUGG